AUGGAGAAGUUAAGUGAUGAAAUUUUAGUGAGAAUUUUUCGCUUUUUAUCGGCUCGAGAUCUUUGCAGAUGCUCCCAGGUAUGCAGUGUUGCUCAUUUUCGUGAAAAAAUGCUUGAUGUUCGCAUGCUUUUUUGCCAGGCCGGCGGGAAGUUUACGAGCUUGUUUUUUUAUAAGAAUUGUUUUCAAUUUCUCCUGGGUAUUGCAUUCGUCCCAAGAGAAAGCGAAAACAAUGUUUGUGUUAAAUUUUAUGGGGUAAACAAGUUGUAUUGUGGACAAUGUGAAAGAGCCGGCGAAUGUUUUUUGACUUGUGUUUUUAUUACAUAUUUCUUUAGGUGUGUUCUGCAUGGUGUCGUCUGGCAAACGACUUUCAUUUGUAUCCUUUUUUGCAGUUGUUCAAUACGGCUGUGGCCAAAAAGUUUAAUACGUGGUGUGAGAAAAUGCAACAUACACACGCCGGCUCAAACUGCACAGUAUACUGGUACAUGUAAUUUAAACCUCUUUUGUCAGCUUUCCACCCCUGAUGUGUCCAUAUUUCUCCUGAUGCGUCUACAGUAGAACCCCUGGAACUCUGAAGUGAAAGGGGAGUUUGAGUUAAAGUAAAAACCCGCGACUAAGAACCUACAUUCUCCCAAGUCAGUCUAAACAGGUUCUUACAUAAAUUUUAGGUUCUUAUUUGGGUGCUAUGAGUAUUUAGUGGUAUUCAGCUUAUUUCUUAUAUAAAAUCUGCAUACCAAAUUAGUACUCAAUAUUUAAUUUUAAUAUCUAAAAAUGACUUUGAGAAGAAGGACUGAUACCCUGCAAGUAGAGGCCCUUCGAUCUUCCUAGAUAAGUCGGGAUCGAUCUUCAUUGAUAAGUCCUCUUCCCAACUUAUCUAGGAAGAUCAAAGGGCCUCUUCUUGCAGGGUUAAGGUCUGAAGAACUGACUGCAUGAAUUUGAAGUUCUUUGGCUCAAGCAUAGGCAAUUAAUUGUUUUUAUAGACUUUAGAAAAUAAUAACCUGUUUCAAAUUUUAGGCUAAGUUGGUUCCUUUCUUGAGGGGGCCUAACUGAAAAAUUUUAGCCUAAAAGUUUCUUAAAAUUAGGAUCUUGGUCGUGGGUUUUUACAGUAUUCAAGUGCAAGUUACUGGGGUUCUACUGUAUUUUAUAAGUGUGUAAGAUACAUUUGGUUCUCAUUCAAUUUUGUACAUGUAUAAAAGCAAAGGAAGUUUUAUCAAAUUUAACAAACCAUGUACAUGUAGAUUACGAGUAGUCCCCCAUUUUUCCUCAGGGAUAGUAGAGCGAGCGAAACGCGAGGGCCCGUGAAAAUCACCCCACGCGAGAAAAGGCGACGUGCGGCGGGGAGAGAGAAAAAUGAGGGACUACAGACAAAGCCCAAGCUUUUGAACUAAUGCGUUGCUCUCACAACGCAAAACUGUGAUUGGCCCUUCCAUGGAAAUCUGUCAGCAUCUGUCAAAAACGCACCAGCCGCUAUCAACACUCAACAUAAUCACAAUUUACAGAACAAAUAACAGCACAGAACAAAUAACUAGAGUUGCUCUUGUUAAAGCAACUAAGCAGAAAGCCAACUCGGCAACUAAUGAGGUUCGCGUGGAGAACCGAAACCGUGGUCUUGCGUGAUAACAGAACUGUCGCAAGGCUGUUAAGCUAAUUCAAAAGUUAUCACCAAGGGAGGAACUACGUGCUCCAGUUCAAAGACUCACAUUAUCUCCAGAAAAACAAGCGGCUGUUAAAAUUCAUGAGCAGUCAUGACUGAGUCUCAUCGCAAUUCUCCAUAGUUAAUGUUGUUUUGGUUUAAGCUGCAAUCCAUUCUUCGAGAUUUGGAUAUCACUAUCCGUCCUGCUAAAAACGCUAACGAGCUUGGCCCAGCAUGACAAAACAUUGCAGGAAACUGUCACAUUCACGGUUAAAAAGAAAAUCGCUUAAAAUUAUUCAGAUCCAGGAGGCAAUCGCCAGAGAAAUUAAACAACCCAAAACCCUUAUUUAGCCACAUUGAAGAGCUUUACUUUUUAAAAGAGGUCAAAGAAAAUGCUCUUGCAUCAGAGGGCAAAUCAUGCCGACCAUAGACAAUAACCGCAGAAAAUUAAUGUGCGUGUCACGACCUCUCAGAAUGAAAUAAGCAGCAAAAAUCACAUUUGCCAGAGCAUAAUCUACCCGUCAGAGAAAAAAAUUCAUUGGAAUAAGCAGCAUUUUGGCAUGAGUAAAAGUCGUGUGUUGCCUACACUAUCAAGUUUUUCACGCGAAACAGUCAUGAACAAAAUUAGUAUCUGGGUUUUCUUUUGCUUGCAAUAAACAUCCCCCGCAGUUUACCGAUGAGAAGAGCAAUGACAGCUCAAUAAGGGAAGGGAUGCCUUUAGAUGCGCUUAAUUGAUUUGGAAGGGGAUACGAACUUCACACUCCAAAAUCAGUCGGCCGUGAAGGGUCAAAAGCUUGGGCUUUGUCUGUAGUCCCUCAUUUUUCUCUCUCCCCGCCGCGUGUAGCCCUUUCUCGCGUGGGGUGAUUUUCACGCGUGCUCGCAUUUCGCUUGCUCUACUAUCCCUGAGGAAAAAUGGGGAACUACUCGUAGUCUAAUGUACAUGUUACUAUUCGUUGUUGAGAAAUGAAUAUGGCAAAUUUGAAUACAACUUGUUUCUGAUUUUCCUUAACUUAAAAAAAAUUGUUCCUGCAUACAGAUGGAAAAAAUUAUUCAUUGAAACUUUUGACAAGUUCAUUUUAGAUCCUUCUUACUAUAACAAUGUGUUUCCAACUCAGUGGAAGGAACUGUUUAUACUACGAUCAAACUGGUUCAGUGGUCACUGCCAUGUUCAGAGUCUCCACAGAAAGACUGUCACCACACAACAGAAGGAGUUCUCAAGGAUUAUCUGCUUAAAAAUCUCAAAUUGUGGCCGUAGCCUUUUAGCAAGUGUCAAUCAUGACUCUAAAUUAGUGCACUUGUGGAGUUUAAUCAACAAGAAAUCACUUCAAGUGGUCUUUUGUGAAAGCAUUGUUGGUUGUGUGGACUUUGGAAGUGAAGGUUCAAGAAACUUACUGGCCAUUGGCCUCUUUAAUAACAAGGUGUGUACAUAUAAGAUCAAAGUUGAACCAAAAACAAAAUUGAAUCACAACAUUUACCAGUAAAGAUUUGUAACCACUGUAUACUGUGACAGUUCCAAGUUACUUUUUGAGGUCACAUCAGUGUUGUUUAAUUGAAAUAAUGCACGAGAACCUCACAAGAUACGUAAGUUUGCGAAAUUGGUUUUGUCCAGAUGCAAAGAAAUGAAAAAAUUAUCCAUUGAUGCACCCUAACCAUGGCCACUACCUUGACCAUAUGGAAGUGUUAAAAAUCAGUGACAUCAACUUUACUUGAUCAGUCAACAUUCUGACAACUUUAAUUCAUUUAUAACAGGUUUACCUGGGUAAAACAUUGAUAUCAUAUUUAUGGUCUUAGAUAUUUGCAGUACAGGCAAAAAAUGUCAUCUGUAUGUCAACACAGCAUACAGCUGUAGGAUUCUUUGAUACAAUACUUUAAAUAACUAAUACUUUGUUUUAUUUCCAGUUCUGCCUUUGGGAUCUCCAUAGGGAGAAGUUUCUCCUAACUCAGGUUAAUUUAUCAGAGAUUUCAAGAGAGUUUACUACAAGAGAUAACACCUCUACUCCUAAUACUGCCGUGUGUCGUGUCAAUCUAGUGGAUAACAAGAUUGCAACAGUUACAAUUCAGUGUAUUGUUAAAGUUUGGCAGUUGGAUUUCAGUAAAGGUGGUCAGCUUUCUUGUCUUUGUCUCCAUACUCUGACAACUUUUAAACCAAGGUACUGUACCAGUAAUAAUAUGAAAUUUGGUUAUCACAGCUACUAUUAAAUAGCAUUAUAGCAUUAUAAUAUUAAAUCAGUGUUCUCACCAGGCCGCGGCCUUGCGGGAUUCCCGCAAGAAAAACUGAAAUGGCGCAUUAAAACCAAGAAGAUGCACCCAUUAGGGCGGACGGGCAAGCUACGAGUCAAACGGACUUAAGUAGUUUUAAUGGUCAACCUAACACUGAAGCAUUCUGUUUGUUUGAAUAAAUAAAAAACAUGAUAUCAAAUGAGUCAAAGUCUUUAAUUUUGUUGCCUUUACUUUCAUUGGUCCCACGCACGUCCCACUACAUCGUAAACUCCUCCUCCGAAUCAUAAACACCUCUUCCGCCAUAUUGGAUCAGGUAGGUACUUCAUGUAACAGACAAUUUGGAGUGCGGGCUCAGGUUCUUCGUACCGCGUGUUUUUUGUAACUUUGUACCCCUACUGUUCUUACAGGGCCCGUAUUUCUCAGAAGAGGGGGCCCUGGGACUCCCCAAGGCAAAGUCCUGGUGAGAACACUGAGUCGUUAUAAUCAAAUUUUGAUUAUAAUAUUGGGACCAAACAGUCUGUGAGUUAUGGAAAAAAAAUAAAGUUUUAUGAAAUAAUUUGCAAAUACAUGAAAAAUGUUUCCUGCUUAGUUCUUUGUGGGUAUGUGCGGUUUUGCUGCUGGAAUAUUUGAAGAAUUACUCAGUCUUGGUCGACUUACAAUGAUUAAGGUUAAGUGCCCAUUUUACUGACUUGAGUUAAGCACUUUUUACUGAUUAGGGUUUAGCACUGUUUAGGGUUAAACACUUAUGUAUAUUUAAUUUGGUUAGCUGUUUUUUUUUUUCAUAUCACUGCUUUUUAAAUUUGUUUUGUAAUUUUCUUGCAUGGCUCUCUGGCAUCACACUGUGUCCUAACUUGUUUUAUUGUUCAACAAUGAGCUGCAUAACCAGGGAUGUAGCUUGAGAUUUUGAAGGUGUAUGCACGCGGGGAGAAAAGUUGAAGUGGCAAAGGUAGCCCAACCUAGGGGGUCUGGGGACAUGCUCCCCCUGAAACUUUUUAAAUUUAGGGGCUGGGAAGUGUCAUUUCCAGCAUUUUAUAAUAAUUGUAUCAUAUUAUGUGUAUACGUUUAAUAGUUCCCAAAUCUGAGCAAUUUAUAUAGUUAUGUCAUAGCAGAAAUGAGUUUCCGGUCGCAGCUAAUCAGUUAUUUGGUACUUUUUGUUUUUCUUUUGUUUCAAAUUCAUUAGUAUUUAGAUUACCAAAUCCAAAAACAAUGGGAAAAUAAAAAUUAACCCAUUCGCUCCUGGAGAUUUUGCCGAAAAACGCGUUUUGAAGCUAAUCGAGUGGUUUUCUGGUCACUGUUUUGCUAAAACUUUUUCGUACUCUUGGCGGCCUUCUGAUCCAGAUGCAAAAUUUGGGUUUUAAAUUCAGCUUUUAGGAUCUUAGGAUUUAGGAUUGGAACAAGAUUUUCAUGGAGAUUUUCAAAUGUCCAUGGUUUUUGUUUCUUUCUCCAAAACAAUGGGAAAAUAAAAGUUAGCGAAGAAACGUUAAAAAUGACAAAAAUAGAAAGGACCUAACUGCGGUUUGAGUUAACUAAAAUAAAAAAUUAACUGCUUUGAAUAUAAUUUAUACAUUAAAUAUAAUAUUUGGUAUUAAAUAUAUUUUGUAGUAUUUUAUUUUUUGAUGUAUUAAUACUUUUCACUUUCACAGGUGUUCUGUGUUAGAUAUUCAACUAAAAAGAGAACCGUUUGAUGAUGUAUGGUCUGUGUCUAUAUCACAUGCUGCAGAAGUUUUACAAAAUUGGAAUCUUGUUGGUUUUCAGGUAGAUAUUAUUGCUUCUUAUUCUUUAGUUGUGUCGAUUACAGAGGUUGUCUGUGGGUCCACUGUAUGUACAGUAGAUUUUUAUGAUCCCCCAUAGAAUGAUGUAGAGUGGACACAGCAUACUAGAGAACUGCCCUUGGUCUAAAGGCAUCCACUCAUGACGAUAUUAUUGUAUUAUAGUAGUUCAUUAGAAAUUAUACAUUAAAGGUUACAUGUAGCUCUUUUCCAUUUUUAAAGUUAAGGUUAUGUCUGCAUUUAAGCCAAGUGGGGCAUCAGGCCAGGGUCCAAAAACGCAGGGCUGUCCUUUAGCAGUGUUCAGUGGUCCCUAACACCUUACUUUCGCUCUUGCGUGACAAGGAAAUCUUUUAUGUUAGAGCACAGCCUUGAAUGGUUUCUGUAACAUGAAGCAACCUGGAGUACUUCUGUUCCCCCCUAGGAUGGGAUGCCAUCAUUUCUACAUGUUGGUGGAGUGAGGCACCAUGAGAGUAAAGUGUCUUGCCAAGGAACCCAACACAAUGACCCUAAUAUAACAGGACCUAAACCUGGCCCUCUUAAUAAGGAGUUUAUAGCACUAAUCACUAGGCCGCAGCAUCUCUUACAUGUAUAUUGUAAAGUGCUAUCAUUGACAUAUUUCAACAGGCAGUGAGAUUUCAAGGUUCCAGACUUCUUGAUGUUGGGCCUAGACUUGAUGUUGUGGGUAUGUACAGUGUUUGUACUUCAUACGCAACUUAUAGCAUGAAAGAUAUUUGCAGCUGGUUGAUUAUCCAUGGCCAAUAGAUGGGUGCAGGAAAGGUGUCUCAGUGGAGAGUUUCACAGACACUUACUUAGGGAAGGGAGGGCAGGGAGCGAAAAAUGGCUAAAGUGACUGCCCCCAAAGGCAAUGUUAACAAAAUGAUUGACCUAAUUCAGUAUUUGUUACAGCAAUUUAAAUUGUUUGAGAUCUCUUAAUUAUAUAUUUUUUUUGGUGCUUUGAGAAUGACUCAUAUGUUGUAAAGAAGUCUCUGAUUUUUUUUUCUAAUACAGUGUACUGGCAAUUUAUUUGUCUAUACAGCUGAAGAUAUAGAAUGUUCUGAUGACGAGGAUGAUAGUGUUUGCUAUCCAUCAAAUAAUCUUAAGACAUGGAUGCAGCCACAGAAGGAGGUAAGCAUUAUUUUGAUUGUGGGAUUUUUUGAUAAUUUUCUUGUUAUUCUUGUAAUAGAGAAGAGAAGUGAACGCAUCACAAAAUCUAAAUUUGUGAAAUUAUGGGAUUGGUUGGAGUAUCCAGAAAGAACAAGAUGAAAAAUGUUCACGUGCUAAAAAUCAGCCUGUUGGUGCAAAAUGGCAGUAAGAUAUAAGCAAUGUUUUGCUCUGAUGACUCCAUGCAAAUCCUUCCAAAAUUGGCUUGGAUCGUAACGUUACAAUCCAGGCCUAACGUAAAAACAUUACAAUCCAGGGCUGAGUUGCUCAAAGCAUGGUUAGCUUUAACCAUUGAUUAAGCAGUAUCAAAACCAAUACGUUGUCAAGGUAUUAAACGCUGGUUAACGCUAACCAUGCUUCGAGCAACUGGGCCCUGGUGUUUAUUUUCACUAACAGGCUGAUUUUUGGCGAGGGAGUUUUUUUCAUCUUGGUCUUUCUGAAUAUUUAUGCUAACCAAUCCCAUAAUUUCACAAAUUUGACUUUUUGUGACAUCACACUUCUCAUCUCUGUAAUUACACUGAUAUGAUAACAGCUACAGAUUUAGUAAAACGUACAAAUAUUACCUGAAAAUGGCAAAUGUGUAAGACUAUCAAUCGAGCAGUUCAUAAAAAAUAUUUUUUAUGAAUGAUGUAAAUCUUCCAAACUGGGCUACUGUUAGUCCCAAAGCCAAUCAGAAAGAUGUAUGUGAAUACCUUUUUACUGGAAAAGUCUUCUACACUUUUUUUCUUCUGUAGUUGUUUAAUUUCAUAUCAUGGAACAACGUAUAUAAUUUACUUGUAUAUUCUUGACCUAGGACCAACUAUUUUACAGUUAUGGUGGUAUUGGUCUGAUUGAAGUGAUUUUUCUUUUAUUGCAGCAAAUGGGCUCCAGGACAUCUGUGUCUUGCCUUUCCAUCAGUCCUUGUACCAAAUUAGUAACAUCUGGGCAAAAUGAUAACACUAUCUCACUUUGGGACACAGCCACGCAAUGCCGAAGGCAUAUCCUGUUUGGACAUACAGGUACAUACUUGUUACUUAUAUAGUUACAAUAAUGUUAUAACUAACUAUUAUCUAAGUAACUUUUACUUAGAGUGUGUGGAAAUGAAAAAACUCAGUUACAUAUGUUAUCGGAUUUAACACAAGUAGACUGCUUGAAGUCUGUCUUAACUCUUAAAAUCCUUGGAGUUCUUGUCCCAGCCAGUGUAUUUGCAAACAAUGAUGUUACAGUAAGGGAUUGGUAUGAGACGAAAAAAGGCAGACUCUAGACUCUUUUGCAGUCAACAAAACCUCUGUCAGUCCAGAAACAAAGUAGCUGAUUGGUCAAUUUUACAGCUGCUGAUCGGGACAGAUCACUGACAGGUCUGUGGGUAGCCCUGGCAUGAGUUAGUAAGCGACAGAUACAGUCAAUACGGGUUUUUUCACAACUAAUAUCUUCCCCUGCAAAGGUCCUUAACAGAAAGGACGUUGGAGAAAUCUUACAGGAUUUUAAGAAAGUCUAAAAAAUACAUAUUGCAGUUGUUUAUGUUUUUUUUGGUAAAUCAGUUCAAGUUUUUUGGUUUAAUUGGCUAAUAAGAUUAUCUCAGACCUGCCCACAGACUACAGCACAGGCGUAAGAUGGAAAGCUGAGUUCCCUAACAAUUUUGGCAUUAAAGCCAACCGCUGAUUUUGGGGGUUUCGCGUUUUCAAUAUUGGCAUGAUUAUUUUUAACAGGUGCCAUAACAUGCACUGAUGUGGACAUGCAUAAAAUUGUUAGUGGAUCCAAUGACAGAACUGUAAAGGUAUGUUUUUGUACCCCAUUUGUUUUAAGGGGCUUUGUUCUUGCAGGUAAAGAGGUUCGCUGUUAACGUCCAUGAUGAUAAAUAGUUAAUAAGUUUUUCAGUUACUUCAUGCCAAGUUGUAUGCACUGCGUGAGUUGCUAAUAAUAAUAAAGGGUGCCUGGAGUAAAGCCCAGUAGUGUCUUGAUGCAAUGCCAAAUUUCUCUUUUAUAUUUCACGAGCAAAAUAUAAAUACAGGACAAUCUGCGACAGUUGGCCCAAAAUUGUAUGUGAGAGCUUCUCUAUCAAUGUACUCUACCAAGUUUCAUAGUACAAUUGGAAAGCUUUCACUGCAUGUCAUGCUUUUAGAAAGUUGCACUCUACUAGCUCUGUAAGACUGUGUCCCAAAUAAAAAAGGGUCCUUUCAUCAAAAAUGAUCACGUUUUCUGAAGAUGUAUUGCUUUUUGCCAUGCAUCCUAAGUUGUUGAGGAAGCAGUCCUUUUAAAGAGGAGAUCUAUAGUUACAUCAAACUCUUUGUAAGGUGUAUGAUAGCAUGACCACAGAAGGUAAUUGGAUUGUUACCCAAGGUAAGAGAGAAAGUUGUAGAUCCUUUCCAAAAAGUACAUUUGAACCUCUCCACAACUGCCACCUUGGGGACAGAUGAGAGUGGCCUUUAUAAAAAGGUGGCCACUGUAGAGAGCUUUAUAAAGGGGAGUCAAUGUAUGGAUUAUUUGUCUGCCAAGACAAAAAAAGUGGCCGUUAGUAGGGGUUCGACUGCAGUCAGAGUUACAGGAUCAAUACAGGUUUCUGGGAAACUGCCCACCUACCCCUCCCCUAAUCCAACAGUUUUCCCUAAGUGAGAAGUAAGUGUUAAUGUUGGCUUAAGGGAGGGGUAGGUGGGUAGUUUCCCAGAAAGCAUUGUACCAUAGCAGUGGGAUGGGUUCACACUCCCACAUGAAAGAGACAGGGAUGCUCAUCAGAGCAGGAAACCAAUCUGGGCUUGGCAGUAUUUCUUUGUGACAGUGCCUUUACCUUUAUGGGAAAAAAUAUUGAAGUUCUGUCCUGAACAACCUAAGUGAGACUACUCCUGAGAAAAAUAUGAUGACAAGCAUUCCUGUCAUGUUCACAUUUGAUUCUCCGUCCCCCCUGAAGUUGCCUUUUGCUUGUGUUGUUAUAUUACAUUUCAGAUGCUUUAGUGAAAUUUCUUUGGAAGCAUUCAUUUCAUUGACUGCUGCCCAAGAGACACAAUAGGGAGAUUUAGCAGCAGUGAUGGAAACAGUAGCGAAAACGUCACUUUUAAAAUGAAUUUGCAUUUUUCCAAACUUUGUCGCAUUUAUUAAAAUUUGCUGAAAAAGUCAAAUGAAGGCGAAUUUCCCUUGGAUUGAUUCCUUGUGGACUGCUCUUAAGUCUAGAAAGAGAAAGAAAAAUUCAUAGGUGCUUGUUUACUUGCUCCAUAAAAUGUGAAAUUAGUCGUUUUCACAUUGUAGUCAUGCAAUUGUAUUGCUAACCUAAACCUAUUGCCUUUUUGAUGUUCUCUUUGCUGUCACCAUUGUUAUUGCUAAAGCUCGUUACUCUUAUUAGAUGCCGGGUUAACAAAUGGUUCUGUUCUCAAGAGUAUGACAAGGACUGACAGUAUCCUUGUUUCAUUUAAGGUAUGGUCCUUGGAGAGUGGUGACUGCCAGUUGACUCUACCUGGAGACCACUCCUCAGGGGUUUCCUGUGUAACUUUUAAUGAUCAGUGGGUUAUUAGUGGUGAUAACUGUGGUGAGAUCAAGGUAAGAGUACUAAACUCUGGUGUUCAUCACAAAUAAUUUACCAUUUUGUUAUUGUGGAUAGUCUUGUCCAACAGCUUUGUAAACUUUUAACUUAUGGGAGCAACUUCAGAAUACCUGGUCACUCCUUUCAUUUUAACUUGUGAAUUAAAGAGAGAAUUUGGUAUUAAAUCAGAAGUACUUACCAUUUACAUUUGCAAACUGGAUCUUCAGGUUGGAAUAUCAAAUGGUUUGCAUCAUUUGAUUUGGGAAGCUUUAGAAAAUAUGGGCUGCAGACAGAGGCGUCCAUUUCCCGCAAGGUCAAAUUUAAUUAUUAUGCUUUUAUUGUUAAACAUUUUAUAUGCCCCAGAUUUCGUCUAGAUGGUUUUUGUGAAUGGUGAGCUCCCUGGGUGUUAUUUGGGGCCUUAUUCCACUCACCCCUUUAUUUAUUUAUGCUUGCAUUAACAUGUUAAUAAAAUCAGCACAAACUACAACCCACUGAAAUAACCCUUUUUUAAUCUGCAGGUGUGGGAUUUUGCUAUAAAUAGUCUCUCAGUCUUACAAAGCUUAGACUUACCUUCAGGAACAGCUUGCUAACACCGAGGAUCUUGAUGUUGUAUUCAGUAUUGUAUAUCUUUUUUCAGAUGAAAGUAAAAUUAAUGUGAUAGCCCUUAGGCAUGUUUACAUCAUACCGGCAAGUUUCACCAC